CGCCUUUUCCGCUUCUGACGCACCUCGAGAAAGAGUGGGUCACUUCCCAAGAUGGCGGGCUUACCGAAGGCUGCGGCGGCGGCUGCGGGCGCAGUAGGGCUUUUUACCAGGCUUCAGACUUCAACUCCAAAAGUAAACGCUUUUUCCACAUCACAGUACUUGCACCAAGGGGCAGGUCCUGUGUGGAACCUGGGUCGACUCAAUCAUGUAGCAAUUGCAGUGCCAGACUUGGAAAAAGCCACGGCGUUUUAUAAGAAUGUUCUGCGGGCCCAGGUAAGCGAGGUGGUCCCUAUUCCUGAGCACGGAGUAUCAGUUGUUUUUGUCAACCUGGGAAAUACCAAGAUGGAACUGCUUCAUCCGCUGGGAAACAACAGCCCAAUUGCAGGUUUUCUGCAGAAAAACAAGGCUGGAGGAAUGCAUCAUGUCUGCAUUGAGGUGGAUAAUAUAAAUGCAGCUGUCAUGGAUUUGAAAGAGAAGAAGAUUCGUAGUCUAAGUGAAGAUCCUAAAAUAGGAGCACAUGGAAAACCAGUGAUUUUUCUCCAUCCUAAAGACUGUGGUGGUGUUCUUGUGGAAUUGGAGCAAGCUUAAUUUAUAUUUGCAAUAAACUUAAAAAUUUCGAUCAAUAUAUACUGGAAAACCCCAUCAAAUUAUACACCAGCUUUGAAUCCUUCACUCUUUCUAUCAAUGAAAAGUUCAAAAUUAAAAACCACAUUGCAGAAAGAGAUUUUUAAAGUAUAUGUAUACAUAUAAUAUAUAUCAAUAUAUAUUUGACAUAUUUGUUAAAUUUUUCUGAUUUGGAAGAAUCCUUGAUUAUUAAAUACUUAGGGAAUAUUAUUAAAAUCA